CUUGUAAUUUUUUAUAUUUAUAUAGAUAAAGAUUGACAUUGAUUAAUUGAACAAUGCAUAAACUUAAAGGAAAGGUUGAAGCCUAUGUUGUUUCAACAAUGGAAGAUAAUCAACGCACUUCGUUGCUGGAUAAUUUGGCAAUUUCUGCAGAAAAAAUUGAAGAAGAAGCUGAACGAAACUAUAUCUCAAAUAAAGAAAGAAUCAUCAAUGAUGGUGCAAAUGUCAUCGAUUUUUGUGAAUGCUUAUUGGCCGUCUUGAGUCAUGAAAUGCGCCGACCUAAUGCCACACAGAGACCUUCGUUUUGGUCUGUUGCUGAAAAACUUUCUCCUAAAAAUACUAUACAAAUGAUAUACAGAUUAUCUGGUAUCAGGCAAAGUGACAAUUCCAGAUGCCAUGCAUGGAUAAGAUAUGCUUUGAAAGAAGGAAGCAUAGGCAGCUUUUUAUCCGUACUGAGUGAAGACAGUCGCUUACUCAAAGAGUUUUACAAACCUGCUGCAUUUGUACGUGACAUCACAAAAAUGGAAUCAGCAAAAAGUUUAAUUCUUCAUACAAUAUCUUUGAUUCAUUUCCAAAUUGAAAUUGAGAAAUCAGCUGGAAAUCAACAGGUACUAAUUGAUUCACAAAUCAAACCAGAGAUACCUCAAGAAAUAACGUACACAAAAAAACUACACAACUCUGAUGUAACAACCAAUUUGAAACGCCGGCGCAAAACUCGAGGCAAUUCUGCAAAUAUAGUAAAUAUUGAAGAAUCCAUGACAAAUGGUGAAACUUUGGUGUGUAAUGAUGAUGACAAACACUCUUUAACUGGAUCGAUAGGUUCUUUUUGUGAUGAUGAGAUGGCUAGUGAACAUAAAAUAGAAAUUAAAACUAUUAAUGAAGAUAAUAUACUAGGAGUUAUAAAUAAUUCAAAAGCGAUGAGCGAAAUUAAUACAUUUGUGGAGGAGAUAAUAGAUGGACCCACAUAUGCCCCUGCCACAAGUAAUAAGAACAAUUUAGUUGAUUUAGUGGAAAAAAAUGACAUAAAUGCUGAAGACAUAGAUGGAAGGAGAAAACUUCCACAACUUGAUGAUAAAGAAACAAGCAAUGAUUCACUAUCACAGAACCAAGAACUAACGCAUGAGAUUAUCAUGGAUGAAGUUUCCUCAAAAACUUUGUUAGAAGUUGUUUCUAUGAACCUGCCAAAAAACUCUGACAGUUGUUUUUCCUCUGCUAACAAUAAUGAUGUAGCUUUUGAUACAGAUAAUGAUGCAAAGGAUAUUAAAAAAAGUCAAGAGAUUAAUACUUUUAAUGAUUUGCAUAGUAAGAUAAAUAACGUAGCAGCCAUUUAUCAACAUGAUGGUUCAACGAUAACAAAAUCAUUAUCGAACGAAUCCCUUAACGUUACUAAUGUUGAUGAAGAUCACCAUGAUUCAUCUAAUAAUUAUAUUAUUAAUGUUGAAAAUAACGAAAACAAAAUUGGACCCGAAUCAGAAUUCUCGUUAUCUGUGAGUGAUGGUAAUAUGCAUUCAUCGGAGCAUAGACUAAAAAUUUCGGGUAAUAUAAAUCACUCUUUGGCAUCUGCUUUUCAACCUGUCACACAUAUAGAGAGGGCAGAAUCUUCUGGUUUAAGUAAUGUAACACAUCCAGAAAAGAACGAUGAAAUAGCUAAACGUAGUAUAAUUAUUGACGUUAUAAAAUCUCAUGAAAAUAUUUCAGAAAAACAAAUUCAAUGUAACACUACUCUUGGAAAAAAUGAUUCUGUAAGCUCUAAUACUAAAGACCAAACAAAAAACGUUGCUGAUGUUUUCUCUACAUGUAAUUUUGUACAGACAGAUGAUAACUCUGAAACAACAAUAGAAAUAAUGGACGAAACGAAAAACUCCAUUGAAACUGAAAACAAGCAGGAAGUUUCUAAAACAACUGGUGAAUUCACAAGCACUGACUACAGUUUGAAUCAAACAGAUGAUGACUUUGAAACAACAAUAGAAAAGAAUGACGAAACGGAAAACUCCAUUGAAACUGAAAACAAGCAGGAUAUUUCUAUAACAAAUGGUGAAUUCACAAGCACUGACUACAGUUUGAAUCAAACAAAUGAUGACUUUGAAACAAUAAUAGAAAAGAAUGACGAAAUGGAAAACUCCAUUGAAACUGAAAACAAGCAGGAAGUGUCUAAAACAACUGAUGUAUUGACAAGCACUGACUACAGUUUGAAUCUUACCAAUGAGGAAUAUAGAAAUCAAACUGAUGUAUACAGCAGUUCCCCACCAGCAAAACGAUAUGAAAUUUCGGGAUCUCAACAAUUAGUAAAUGUUUUACAAACAUCAGCUUCGAAUACCCCCAGUAAAAGUGGUAUGGAAGAAUAUUAUGUUCCAGGUAUACAUACAAAAUGUGAUGCAGUGGCAGAUCAUUAUAAAAGUACACCAAUAAAGAACAUCAGUGCAGAUUCUAGAGAACACAUUGAUGAUAAUGCGCCUUCACCUUCAAAUUCUUCUUUUAAAUCCUUUGAGAAAAGUUUGUUCAAAAAAAAUAUGCGCCAAAGUAGUAGCUCUUAUAAUUCAAGAAAAGGAACUUUAACGUCAUAUGAUGCAAGAAGCUUUUACUCUGAUUCAGAAAGUGAUACUUGUAGUAUGAGCGAGCAAAGUUUUAGCAUACUUGCCGAUCUUGGUAUAACAGAUGAUUUUAUUGGAAUAAAAGAAGAUCACUUUUCUUCACCUGAGUCUUUCAUGGGAUUCUCCUCUUAUGAAGAAUUAGAAAAUGCUAUCUCAACAUGUAAGCAACUUAUUCGCCAAGCUCCUGAAAAAUCUCAACGGAAGAAGGAUCUCGUUACACAGCUUGUGCAAUUGCGGUUAAAACUACAUGAAUUGAAGGAAUCUUCGCAAAUCGAGACUCCUAAAGGUGUGAAGAAAGUAUUAGGUCACCAAUUUUACAAGCAGGGUAAAGUAACAUCGACGUUUGACUGUGAUGCCUGCGCUGCUACAAUAUUCCCAUUACUGCAAACUGUUUAUGUUUGCAAUGACUGUAAUUUUCACUGUCAUCGGAAAUGUCUGAAGAUGCUAGAUAAACCCUGUGUACACAAAAAGGUAUGCAUUGAAACGUAUGAAUUAAAAAUAUGUCCUGAAACUGGAUUAGCCAUGCAGCAGUACAGGUGUCCAGAUUGUCACAAACGUUUAGGCAUUCAGGAUGGAAACUUUGAUGCUCGUUUAUGUGAUUACACAGGCCAAAAGUACUGCCUUUCUUGUCAUUGGAACGAAUUUUGUAUCAUACCAGCACGGGUAAUUCACAACUGGGACUUCACAAUGUAUAAGGUUUCUCGCCAGUCUAAACAUGUAUUACAGCUGCUGUCGAAGAAGCCUGAAAUUAACCUACAAUCUAUAAAUCCAGCCAUUUUUAACUUUGUUGAUGAGUUGAGAGAUAUUCGGACACUUCGUGAACAAAUCAUGUUAAUGAAAGCCUACUUAACAACGUGUAGAAUCGCUGUGCAAGAAAAACUGUUACUUGGGCUUAAGAAUCGACAGCACUUUGUUGAUAACUCAGAUACAUACUCUAUGAAAGACUUGAUUGAUAUUCAUGAAGAUAUACUCCUGGAUGAACUAACACGAAAAUACGCCAUUUUUUCCAAGCAUAUUAAAUUUGAUUGCCCGCUUUGUCAAGGAAAAGGAUUUUUCUGCGAAACUUGUAAAAGCGAAGAAGUGAUUUUUCCGUUUGAUAAUCACGUUAUACUUUGUAAAAAAUGUAACAGCACUUUCCACAGGUAUAACAGUUUGGUAUUAUUGAGGAAAGCGUUUAACGUUUUUGAAGGAAGUUUUUUUACUGUGGGGAAAGAAUGUGAAGUUUGUUUUUUGUUCGUUUGUUUUCCCCUUUUUUUUGUUCUUUUUAGUAUCUCCUCUCAAACAACGUCUGUAAUUUCAAAGUUUCAUCCAUGUUUAAUAAGGAUUGAGCGGAGGGAUGGAAAGCCUUUAAAAAAUGCUUAAUGCUAUUUGCCAUCUUGCUUUGUUAACCGUAGGCUUUCGCGUUGGUAAUUUUUUCUUAGAGGCUUCGUAAAGGCUAAAAAUUUAAGGUUUUUUCAUAAGUUGAAAUCGGGCACCCUGUCAAUGCAUUUUUUAUUUUGUGUUUCGUCACAUUAAAUAAAGGAAUUUUACAUUGACUGUUUCCUAUGGUGUGGAAAAACUGUUUUGCUUUUUUUCGAGCUCGGUAGAUCACUGCUUCUGACAAAGAUGUUUUCAUCAAAGAAGUGUUGUAUAGGAUAAGAAAAAUAAAGAAGUAAUUCUAAUAGUUAUUUGCUAUGUAAAUAUAUAAUAUUGAGAAUGUAUAUAUAUAAUAUGUUGAUGUAUUAUUUUUUUGGAAAUUGGAAUUUUGAAUUUUAUACAAAAUUUAUUCUUAUAUUUUGCGUUACGGUACACAAGAAGGCUUAGUUGUUUCAGGUCAUCAUAUAAGUAUCUCUUUUUGAGAGGAGAAGACAGCGU